ACUUUUAGUCACCCAUUGAAGCAGCUUACGUUCACAUCUAUUUUUGUGUGAACUCCUCCGAGUUUUUUUUUCUUCUAUUAUUUACAUUCGAAUUGUUGUGCGGUGAAUUAGUUGUCGUUACACCAACGAACAAAUCAAUCAAUGAAUUUUAGUUGCGAUUUUUGCGAGUUUACUUUGAUUUGUACGCGCGCGCGAAAUAGAAUUUUUUCGAAAAGAAACAAAUAAUUUUUCGUUCACGUUCCGUUAUAAUCAGAAGUAUCAGCCGAGUAAAUGCGUUCUAAUUUCCGAAUCGUUAAAAUGAACAUUGUUUGAAAUCAGUCGAGAAUAAUAACAAAAAAGGAAUAAAACGAAAAACAAACAGAAACAAUAAUUCGUUUGACAACGGUACGAUCAUCGAAAAAUUAAAGAAGCAAAUUUAAGAAUCGAGAGUUCAACACAACAGACUUGAAUUACCACACAUCGCUGACUAAUUGGCUUUUCACGAUCAAAUCUAGAGAUAGAGAGAGAGAGAGAGAGAGAGAGAGAGAAAAAGAAAAAAGUAAAUCAACAGAACCACAAAUAUGACUGACAAAUACAUUGAUUCGAUAGUUGAUUUUUUCGUAAGAAAUGAAGAUCCACGUACAAAACCAUGGCUGCUAUCCGGAUCGCCUGGCCCACUGCUCAUCAUUCUCGCCAGCUAUUUAUAUUUCUGCUUGUAUGCUGGCCCAAAAUACAUGAAAGACAGAAAACCAUUCGAACUAAAAAACACACUUCUCGUUUACAAUGCUAUACAAGUUUUGCUGAGCGUGGUUUUGGUAGUUGAGGGGCUUGAAGGUGGAUGGCGAAAACACUACAACUAUAGUUGUCAACCAGUUGAUUACAGCCGAAAUCCAGUCGCCAUGAGGAUGGCACGAGCCGUUUGGUUGUAUUACAUGUGUAAAAUUACCGAACUAUUGGACACCGUAUUCUUUGUGCUGCGAAAAAAGCAAAGCCAAAUCACCGGAUUGCACAUGUACCAUCACACAUUGAUGCCAGUCUGCGGUUUUAUCGGCAUCAAGUACUUUGCUGGUGGACACGGAACAUUGUUGGGUCUCAUAAAUAGUUUCAUUCACGUGAUAAUGUACACUUACUACUUGCUCUCAGCACUCGGACCACAAAUGCAAAAGUAUUUAUGGUGGAAGAGGUACUUGACUGUCGCUCAAAUCGUUCAAUUUUUGAUUGUAUUCGUUCACACCAUUCAAAUUCAAUUCCAACCGUCGUGCGAUUUCCCCAAAUCAAUUGGUGCCCUGCUCACAUUGAACGCUGGCAUUUUCACCUAUAUGUUUUCAUCGUUCUAUAUUCGUUCAUACAACAAAAAGCAUUCAUCAAAGAGUGAACUCAACAAAGUCGAUCUAAACGGCUACAAAUACACCAACGGUUUCGCUUCCGUAGACAAAUUAAACAAUUCAAUUGGUGAAAAGACCAAGGAAGCACUGAAUGUUAAAUUUAAGAAAACCAAUUAGAUAUUUAGAGACAAAACAAAAAAAAUAUUUAGAUAAUUUUUACCAAACACCAUUUCAAACUAAACAAAUCAACUCAAGAACAUUUUUAAUUCAAAUAAUUUUCUACGAAUAUACGAACGAAAAAAAAAAAAAAAAAUACAAAUCAUGCUUUUUACCGUGUCGUUUGGUCAUUGUCAUGGAGUGGCUGAUGGUCAAGAACGGAUCGUAUUACAAAUGAAUGCUACAUAACAUCCUCAUGUAAUGUACCUUAAGUAUGCAGUAUUUCAGCCAGAGGCUGAGUUACACCGACCAGAAGAUAUAAGAAAGAAAGAAAAAGAUGCAAGCAUAAAUCAGCUGUGUAAAAUGGAACAAAAUUAUUCAAUUACACAUAGUUGUGUGCCUUUUUCUUGUGAUUCUUCAAAAUUUUUACUGGUUUUGCAACCCAUGGUUGCUGUCUGGUAACGUUGAACUGUAGAAAAUAAUAAUUGGAAACCGUAAAUUUUACUACCAUUGAAAGAAACGACACGGCAAUCGAUAUUCAACUUGUAAAAAUCAAAAGAGCAAAGUAAAUGGUUCAUCGAUGCCGUGCACAUGCAUGCUGCCGAUCGGUACCUUUCUUUAUUUUAUUAUCAUUUAUUAAACAACAACAAUAAAUAAAAGACGAGGCGCACACUCAUAUGAAUAAAAUAAAAAAUACCGGCAGUUAAAACCAAUUAACAUUCAGUUUAGGAUUUUUGAUUCGUCCAUUCUUAAUCUUAUGCUCAGUUAAUAGUUUCGGCAGAUUGGACACAAUCAUUUGCUUUUGCCUUGACAAAAUUUAAUUUUGUUUGAUUUAAACAGAAACAUAACAAAAAAUGAAACAAACAAUUUACCGAUAAUUUUAAGUAUAAUUGUAAUAAGAACGAUUGAUUGCGAUGCAAACAACCUUGACGGAGUGAAACAUUUUAUCCUCAUAUUGUCUCUGCAAUAGAAGUUGCGUUUGUUAGAAUAUAUAUAAAUAUAUAGACAUAUGUAAUUUGUAUAUGUACCUAAAGAAAAAAGACAAAAGACACCUAGAGAAUCAUGCAUAUAAAUUAGUGUAAAUGUAAACGGUCUGCAAAAAGAGAUACACACACAAACGAACAUUUUAAGCAUUAAAUAUUGUUGAUUGAACAAUUAAAGUGAAUUAAAAUCGAAUAUAAAAAAAA